AGGCCGCUCUUGGCGCGAGCCCGCCCGCCCAGGCCUCGGACUGCCCGCGGGCGGUGGGGGGGGGCCCGCCGCCCCCGCCGCGCGCCCCCCAUGGCGGACGGGCCGCGCCCGAUCCCGGUGAACACCCCGAAGUUCUGGGGCGGCGAGAAGGAGUUCGUGGCGGAGUGUAUCGAGACCGGGUGGAUAUCCUCGGAGGGGCCGGGGGUCCUCAGAGCCCCGAAUCAUGAGGGGCAACUUCUUACCCCCCGGACAACUCGGGCGCCCAAGGUCCGCCAGUUCGAGGAGGCUCUGGCGGCGCAGUGCGGCCGGAAGCACGGCGUCGCGUGCGCCAACGGCACGGCGGCGCUCGACAUCGCGGUGAAGGCGCUCGGCCUCGGCGCGGGCGACGAGGUGAUCAUGCCCACCUUCUCGGCGGUGGCGGAUCUCCUGCAUCACGCAGGUGGUGCGCGGGGGCUCGGUCCCUGUGCUGGUCGACUGCGGCGAGGACUUCAAUAUGGACGUCUCGCAGGUUGCGGCCAAGAUCACGCCGAAGACGAAGGCAAUCAUGUGCGUCCACACGUACCACUUCCCUUGCGACAUGGAGCCCAUCCUCGCUCUGGCCAAGGAGAGGGGGAUCCGUGUGAUCGAGGACGCGGCGGAGAUGAUAGGGCAGACGUGCGCGGGCCGCCCCUGCGGCUCCUUCGGGGACGUGAGCACGAUGAGCUUCUACCCCAACAAGCACAUCACCACAGGGGAGGGGGGCAUGGUGCUCGUGAACGACCCAGAUCUCGCGGAGAAGUGCAGGCUCCUGCGGAACCUGUGUUUCGACCCCGCGAAGCGCCGCUUCGUGCACGAAGACCUGGGCUGGAACUACCGCAUGACGAACUUGCAGGCCUCCUUGGGCCUCGCGCAGCUGCAGCACCUGCCAGCCGCCGUGGCGAGGAAGAGGGAGAUCGGGCAGUUGUACUCGCGGCUGCUGCAGGGCUGUCCUGGACUGGUCCUGCCGCCGGACAGGAAUGCCAGGGGCGAGGCAAACAUAUAUUGGGUGUACGCCGUGGAGGUUGCGCCCGAGGUCCCCGCAGAUGCGGAGGAGGUCAUGAAGCGGCUUGCGGCUGCAAAAGUCGGCACGAGGCCUUUUUUCUGGCCCAUGCGGGUGCAGCCCGUGUUCCGCGACAUGGACCUGGCGCGCGGCGCGGCCUUCCCGGUGGCCGAGCGCAUCGCCCGGCGGGGCUUCUACAUCCUGAGGCGGCCUGGCUCUCAGCGACGAGGACUGCGAGGAGGUUGCGCAGCGCGUCCCGUACGGCAACGCCCCGAGUGUGCUUGGGCUGAAGAGCCUGGCGCAGUACGAGGAGCUGCGGCCGCUGCUGGAGGGCGCCGACGCCCCCGCCAUCGACAGCGAGCUCGGGCUGCGCCACGUGGCCUUUGUCGUCAAGGCCACCAAGGCACGGGCGGAGAUGGCGGUGCGGAUGGAGCGCGUGUGGAUGGGCGCGACCUCCAAUCGGAUCUUCUUGGUGGACUGGAACUCAUCGACGGGCUGCCCGAGAGCCGCCAGGUGGUGAUGAACGACGGGAGCGGAGCCCGCGGCCAGCGGGACGUUGUGGCGGCCUCCCGCUUGCUGAUCUGGAUGCGUGGCGCCGUGGCCGAGGGGGCGAUGAACGGCCUGGCCCCCGAGACCGAGUGGGUCGUCUUGCUCGGCGACGACGUGUUCGUGAACCUCGCGCGCCUCUUCUACUUUGUCGUGCAGCACCCCGCGCGCGAGCACCCCGUGGUCUUCGCCCACUGCCUGUCCGACACCGAGGCGUACGACUUCGACGCGCCGUGCCUCGACGGCGGGGCCGUCCUGCUCAACCGGCUAGCCCUCGACGCGAUCGGCGAGGUGGCGUCGUGCAGGGAGUGCCCCCACGUCGUGUCCGACCAGGUGUCCCUGGGCUACUGCGCCUUCUUCAACGCCGUGCCGCUCGUCCACCUGCCCGCGCUGCAUUGCCACACGCCGCGCAUGGGCGACUCCGACCGGCACCUCGUCAGGGACAUGCUGGCGCACCACUGGAUCGCGGCCGGCGGGCUCUCGGCCUCCGCCCUCGCGGCCGAGGCGCCGGCCGCCCCGUGGAGCCCCUUCGAGCCCGGAUUCCCGAGCUUCGGCUGUGCCGCGCCGCCCGGCCGCCUGUGGACCCUGCAGCAGCUGUCCGAGAGGCUCGCGUUCUGCGGCGCCGCCGCCGGCGAGGGCGGAGGACGCCAAGGUCCAGGCUCAGGUCGGGCAUGUCCCCCUAGAGGCGGGAGACAAAUAAAACGUGGUCACAAGCUGUUCACAAAGUACACCACAAGAUUCAAACAAUGGUCCCCAUAUUAUUGUUCGACUAUGUUUGGAUAUUCUUCCUGUCGAGGGGCACGCCCGACUUAAAUCAUGGCG